AUGAAAUCAAGUCAAAUAUCUCAAGAUGAAGAAAAAUCAAUCAAAAUCUCUUCCUAUCAGCGACAGGAAACUCUCCCGGAGAAUUCCUCAAUCAGAAAUUAUGCAAUCACAAGAGUGACAUCCCUAAAGCCACCCAUGGCAAAGGUGGCCAAUCCUUUUAAACUGCUAGCCAUGUUAAACAAACAACAAUGGGCCUUUUUUCUAGUCUCAUUUCUCGCAUGGUCCUGGGAUUCCUUCGAUUUCUUCACCGUAUCCCUCACAGUCGACGACCUAGCCGAGACAUUCCAAAAGUCUACCACAGACAUAACCUGGGGCAUCACACUAGUCUUGAUGCUUCGAUCCGCCGGUGCAGCACUAUUCGGUCUUGCAGCAGACCGCUACGGAAGAAAAUGGCCAUUUAUCGCCGCCCUUUUCCUAUUCAUAAUCCUCGAGCUCGCAACAGGAUUCUGCAAAACCUACAAACAAUUCCUCGCCAUUCGCGCACUACUAGGAAUAGCAAUGGGCGGUCUGUAUGGCAACGCAGCCGUAACUGCACUAGAAGACUGUCCCACCGAAGCCCGCGGUUUAGUCGCAGGGCUAAUGCAACAAGGCUACGCAUUCGGGUACCUCCUCGCAACGGCCUUUGCACGCGCACUGGUAGACACAACCACGCACGGCUGGAGACCCUAUUUCUGGUUUUCGGCUUGUCCACCCGUUUUCAUCAUCAUAUUCCGCCUAUGCCUACCCGAGACGAAGGCUUUUCAGACUCAACAGACUCGCAACGGUGAACAGGAGCAUCCGGCACGUAUGUUCCUUUCCGAAGGACGCGUUGCAUUGCGAAGCCAUUGGCUGGUAUUCGUGUACCUUGUGCUUUUGUCUAGCGGGCUCAAUUUCAUGUCGCAUGGAACUCAGGAUCUAUACCCGACCAUGCUAGAGAACGAGCGUGGGUUUUCGGCAACUGCUGUGACUGUUACGCAGGUUGUUGCUAAUCUGGGUGCGAUGGCUGGUGGGUCAACGACGGGUUAUUUUUCGCAGAUCUUUGGGAGGAGAUUCAGUAUGCUUGUCGUUUGUGUUGUUGGGGGUACGGUGUUGUAUCCGUAUACGUAUGUAAAGACUGAAGCUGUGACGGCUGUUGCGUUUUUUGUGCAGUUUUGUGUGCAAGGGGCUUGGAGUGUUAUGCCUAGCUACAUGAUGGAUUUGGCACCGGCUUCGUUUCAGACGUUUGUUGUUGGAUCUGCAUAUCAGUUUGGUAGUCUUGCUUCGUCUGCUUCGUCGACUAUUGAAGCGACACUUGGCGAGCACUAUCCGCUUGCACCGCUUGUGAAGGCUGAUGGGACGGUUGUUGAUCGUUAUGACUACGGUAAGGUAAUUUGUAUUUUCAUGGGGGCUAUAUACGCUUAUACUGUUUUGUUAAUUAUUGUUGGGCCUGAGAAGAGAGGACAGAAUACGGAUGCGGAGUUUGAUGCUGAUAUGGAUGAGAUGAUCCAUGCAAAUGGAAGGCAUUAG